GGGUAGUAUUACUCCGAACUGCACGCUCCAUUCAUAAAUUCUAUAACCUAUACACUUUUGUUUUGACAGUUCGCAAAUGAUACUCCCGCGCCACGAGCGAGCUCGUAUUGAUUGCGAACGAAUUAUGAAUAAGUCUUUCCGCCCGAGGGGCGCGUAACGCACGAUAAAGUAAUGUUUGUUUGUCGCGCAUUGUAAUAUAACCCGUGAAAAAAAUGUCCGCGAUUAUAGACGACAAGGUUGUCGCUGGUGCGAAGAGUUCAAAUACCGUCAAGGAAGAUCCGAUCGUAGCGUUAACGGAAAGAGUGAAAGCUCUGUAUGUCUUUCGAGAUCGCUAUUUUGAGACGCACUCUAUCGAUGAGGCGAUUAAAAAGAGUACCGAUGUGGAGAAGGAAAUGAAAGAUACGUUGAGCAGGUUUGAUGAAUGUAAAGGAUACGAGAUUGACGGCUCCCGUGCGAAGUAUUACUAUUUGAAGGGAAGAGCUCUGAACGUAGUGGACCGUUUCAUUCCUCAGGCGGAAGAGCUGUUGAGUAAAGCGGUGAAAUUGGAGCCUAAAUUAAUAGAAGCUUGGAACGAGCUGGGGGAGUGUUAUUGGAAAAAUGACGACAUAAAACAAGCCAAAAAUUGCUUUGUCGGCGCUCUGCAACAUGACAGGAAUAAAGCAUCUUUGCGAAAUCUGUCGAUGGUACUUAGACAGGAGCAAACAUCGUCCGUCGAAGAGCGGAUAAAAAAUAUUCAGCAGGGAGUGGAGUAUGCUAAGGAGGCUGUAAGCCUUGACACAACAGACGGAAUCUCUUGGGCCAUAUUAGGGAACGCUUACCUGGCUUCCUUCUUCACAGUGGCACAAAGUCCGAGUACAUUACGUUCAUGCAUGUCGGCAUAUAUGCAAGCGGAAAAAGAUAUCAUCGCAAGAAGUAAUCCUGAUUUAUUUUAUAAUAAAGCGGUGGCUCUAAAAUAUCAAGAGGAAUAUAGCUUAGCGUUACAGUCGUUUGAAAAUGCAAUGGCGCUCGAUCCACUGUGGGAAACACCGCGCAACAAACGAGAUGAAUUACUACAAUAUCUUAAAGACAUACAGAAUUCAAUUAAUAAUAAUGGAUAUGUAAAGCCAAAACGAUUAUAUCAAUUGAUACGGGCAUUGGAUGUUAAACACUUAGGACCAUACAAAGACGGAGCAUUUAUAUGCGGGGCAAAAUCUAUAAAGUUAGAUUUAAUUCCGUUACAGGAAUUAACUCUUGGACUGAACACAGAGAAAGUCGUAUUUGGAAAAGUAGUUUGUUGGAUUCAGGAUUCGGAUUGCGUCCCAUUUGCUUUUUGUCUCGUGGACGAACGGAAGACUUGUAUUGUUGUCACUGUAUACAAUCUAGCUAAAGGCCGAGGAGUUACGGUCGGGGAUUCUGUUGGUAUACCAGAACCUUUUGUUAUACAUCAGAAAUUUUCCUACAUGAAUAACGAUUUUGAUUACAAAUCUAUUCGCGUUGAAACCCCAGUUGUACUUGUAGUUAAUGGAAGAAAAUUAGGUCGAGAGCAACAAGCCGGCGUAAAUUUGCAUACUUUUAAAAAGUCAGAUUAAAUCUGUGAUGAGAGCAAUACGUUGAUCCAAGCAUCGGAUCACGUUCUCAGUUAUAAAUAAUUUUCUUAUACUCAUUUUUUAAUAAUAUUAUAUAUUAUGUUAGUAACAAAACUUAUUACUACAUUUAAGGCUUUGUGCGAUAAAUGUAAGCGAACGAAUUUAAAACGAAUCUAUUUUGAACCGUUUUAUGUGCUAAUACAUGUUAGCAAUAAUCAAAAAGAAUUAGGCAAAGUAUAUGCUGCGUUGUAUCAAUUUCGUAUUUUAUAACAAUGUAUGAAAAAGCUAUUUAUACGUGCACAUCUCUAAGCUGCCACAUUUAUAAAAUCUGUAAGAGAAAAGAUAUUGAUAUAUAUUUUUCUUUCAUUGCGAUAAUAAUUGUGUGCAAGUGUACGGUUCGCAAAAGAAGCAAAUUACAUAUCUGCC